UUGAGAUUAAUAAUAGAUAUAAAUUCGUUUAAUAGAAUUUAUAAAUUAAUUCACAAAUAGAACGUUGACGGCGCUGCAUCUCACUUCCAACUUGUUCGCGAGAACUGGUUGUCAUCUAUCUUCUAUUUUCCGUUAAUCGCGAAUUGAGUACCAAAGUGAAUCUCGUCGCGCCGUUUCGACGAGAAGAGAACGGCAGUGAAAUAAAUGUGAUAGUUCUAUAAAUGGAAAGUGCCGACAAAAUAAUACAUAGAAAUACUCUGAAGUGUUAAGUAAGUGUGUUGUAUUAAAAAUAAGUGUGAAAGAAAAGAAAAGAAAAGAAAAGAAAGGAAAAGAAAAAGAAAAAAAAAACAAGAAAAAAAGAAAUCAAAAUCAAAAUGACGGAAGCAAAGCCAUCGGGAAUAAGGCCACCUUCGAAAAUUGGCAGACCGUGUUGUACUAUACCAGCAAGACCAGCUAUUCCACCAGCAUCUCCAAAAGCAUCAGGCAACAGUAUGGAUCACCUCUGGGAAACGCAUGGUCGUAAAUUAAGUGAAGCUGGAUUGCGCAGAGGAUCAGAUACUAGUGUCGUAUUGACGGAGGACACGGACAGCUUCAUAAUAGGAGAUCGAGUAUGGGUCGGUGGGACGAAGCCUGGUUCAAUAGCUUACAUCGGCGAAACACAAUUUGCUCCAGGAGAUUGGGCUGGCGUAGUACUCGACGAGCCCAUAGGAAAGAACGAUGGAUCCGUAGCUGGCUGUCGAUAUUUCCAAUGCGAACCUAAACGUGGAAUUUUUUCACGAUUAACGAGAUUGACCAGACAACCUUUACCAGAAGCAUCGUCGCCAAUCCAAAGAACUCCUACAACGCCACCGGAUGGUACAAGGGGAUGCUUAAUCAAGUCCGUUUCACCCUCAUUGAACACAUCGACGACCAGCCUCUCGUCAACGGUCUCGCAAAGGGAUUUGAAAAUAGGUGAAAGGGUCAUAGUAUCCUCCAGUCAGGGGAGCAAAACAGGAGUACUACGUUAUAUGGGAGCAACGGAAUUUGCGCCUGGUGAAUGGUGCGGCGUCGAAUUGGAUGAUCCUCUUGGGAAAAAUGAUGGUUCUGUCGGUGAUAAAAGGUACUUCGAAUGUCGACCAAAAUACGGCCUGUUUGCGCCAGCUCACAAGGUCAGUAGGUCACCCUCAAGUAAAAGAACAUCCUGCGUGAUUCACAAGCCGUCUGGUGCUGCUCUUAACUCGACCUUGAAGAGGACAAAUUCUCGAGAAUCAUUAGUCUCGAUUUCCAGUGUUAACAGCAGUAUAGCUGGCUCGAGAAUUGCUACAGGCGCUACGAGGCGGCCUGGUAUGCGCACGUCGACACCUAUUCAAAGUUCAUUGCAGGAAAUGUUAAAGGAGAAACAACAGGAAAUAGAAUUUCUACGAAGAGAACGAGAUUUGGAAAGAGAUCGUGUCACAAAGGCUGCCAAUCAGGCUGAUCAAGCGGAACAAUCUGUAAACUUAAUGAAACAAGAAUAUGAUAAGUAUCGCGAGGAGAUGCAAAAGACUGUACUCAAUGCAGAAACGGCGCUUAAAAAAUUAUUGGAAGAAAAGAACACAUUGGUGAUGCAGUUAGAGGAGGAGAGAAGAAAAUGCGAGGACCUGCUCUUCCGUUUUGAGGAAGAAUCCGUCAAUAAAGACGAUAUACAAAAAGAGAGAAGUGAUCAAAGUAGUGUCGAGGAGCGAAGAUAUCGAGGACAUCGCAAAGUAAUAAAUACAGUAAAUGAAAACAGGAUCAAGGCACUUGAAAAACAACUUUCGGAGGAAAGGGAACGUAUUAUACAACUUGAACGCGACAGUACGAAAUUAUUUGAAGCCGAGGAAGAACUUGCCCGUUUACGUAGUAAUAAUGCGAAUAAUCAGGACAAAAAAGAAUUCGAAGAUCUGCGUAAUCACAAUGAAAAUUUGAAGGAAACGAAAGCCGAAUUGGAGAAACAAAUUAACGAGAAAACUAUUUUGAUAGAGGAAUAUCUCGUAUCAAUGAAAAAUCUUGAAAUAAAAUUAAACGAAAAAGAAAAGGAAUGUAUUUUGAAGGAUGAAAUCAAAUGUGAUCUUCAAAAGGAUUUGGAAUGUGCCAAGGAAGAUAUUCGAGAGAAAUUGAAUUGCAUCGAGAAUAUGAGACAAGAAUUUGAAAUUAAUACGAGCUCAUUGAAAAUUGAAUUGAACGAAAUGAAGAAAACUAUCGAGGACAUUAAUGAAAGACACGCGACUGAGAAACAAUCGUUGAUAACGGAAUAUGAGAAUAUUAUUGAGGAUAAGAAAAAGCAAAUAGAAAUGAAAUCGCAACAGUUGGCUAUUGAGUCGCAAAAACAUUUAGAAAAUCAGAGCCAUGUUUUGGCAAAUUUGAAAGAUGAAAAUAUCAAACAUAUUAAUGAAUUAUCCGAAUCGUUUGGACAACAAUUGAACAUUAAAGAUACGAAACUUAAGGAGAUAUCAUUCCAAUUGAACGAGAAAAUAUCAGAAGCACAAAAACUCAAUAGCGAAUUAUCCAAUCAACAAGAUUUGUAUAAUAAAAAGGACAAGGAAUUGAAUGAUACAUUGUUAAAGCUUGAAGAAUUAAAUUCGCAAUUGAAAGUGGCCGAGGAUAAAAAUGUUUUGCUUUCUGAUCAACUUCGAACUCGAGAACAUGCUGCGGCCGAAGAUACGAAGAAAAUAAUGAAGGAGAAAGAAAAAUUGGAAGAAGAUUUGUCCGUUUUAAGAGCUACGACAACAGAUUCCUCUGCAUAUUUAGAAAAAUUAAACGAAGAAUUAAAAAUAAAAGAGAAAGAACUUAUGGAAAUUCGAGCUUCCAUGACGGCAGAGAUCGGAGAAUUAAAGAAACAAUUUAAUGAACAGAUCGAAGAGAAAUCUAAAUACAUCGAAGAGAUUAAUUUAGAGACAUCGCAGAAAUUAAUGAUAAUCAAUAAAGUAGAGAAGGAAAUUUCUGAAUUGAAAUCAAUUGUCGAAAGUAAAGACGAAGAGAUUAAACAUCUUUUAGAAAAGAAUUCAGAAUUACAAUAUGCUCUUACAUUAUCCGAGCAAACUAAAACGAAUUUGGAAAGUGAACUUCGUGUAUUCGAAUCUAAUAUAGAUAAUUUAAAUCAACAAUUGACAAGGGCUGAAGAGAAGUUAAUAAAUGUAUCUUCCCAGAAAGAGAAAUUGGAAUUAGAUAUAGCAAAUCUGAUAAGUAGCUCUGCGAAUUCCUCCGAGCAAUUAACCAAAUAUAAUGAUGAAUUAAGGGAAAAAGAAAGAGACAUUGAUAAAUUACAAGAUAAGGUAUAUCAAAUGGAAAAUCUAUUGGCAAGUGUACAAGGAAAAUUAGAAUCUACAGAACGAGAAUAUAAUAAAAAUAUAUCUUUGUUGGAACAAUUACGUUUAGAGAUGGAUAAUGUUAAUUCACAAUUGAUUAAAGAGAAAACACAAUCCAUUGAAUUAUCUCAAAGUAUAAAAGAAUAUCAAUCUAAAGAAAAAGAUCUUCUUUGUUUAAUAGAAAAUAAAAAAGUUAGCGAAGAAACGUUAAAUGAUAAAUGUAAAAUGAUCUCUGAUCUUACUGAACAAUUGAAAAAAAUUGAGGAAGAGAAAGUUAUUCUUCGUGAACGUUAUGAAACUGCAGAGGGAUCGUUUAAAAUAGAAUCAUUGAGUUUACAAAAGCAAUUGGAUGAUGUCAAGAUAGAAUUGAUUAAGUCGCAAGAGGAAAUGAAACUAUUACAAAAAGCUAAAGUAAAAUUGGAAGCUGAUCAAAGUGCAAAUCGUUGGUCGAUCGAAGAAUUGACUGAAAAGCUCACUUCGGAAACGGAAGCUCGAUCUAAAGUUGAAUCUUUAAUUGUUGAAAAAGAUUUGAAAAUAAAGUCAUUGGAAAAUCUCCUUACAGAUUUAAAACGUGAAAAGGAAACUGUAACAUUAAAUAAAGAAACAAUACAUCAAGAUUUUACGAAUACAUUGAAUACUAUGGAAAGUACUAUUGCGGAUUUAAAUAAUAAAUUAAUUGUUGCUACUGGUAAUAUAGAAACUAAGAGUAACGAAUUGGCCGUAGCACAAGCAGAAGCCGAACAACGUAUAAAACAAAUUUCAGAGCUUGCGAUAGAAUUGGAUUAUUUUAAAAAUUCUCAAAUACAGUUCAAUGAUAAAUUAAAUAAUUUAGAGGACAAAUUAAAGGAUAAGGAUAAUGAAUUACGUAAAGUUGAAGAAAUUAAAAUGGAUUUGGAGAAUAAUUUGAAAAAAUUAGAAAUAGAAUUGAAAAAUGUACAAUCUGAUAUUGUUAUUAAGAAUAAUUUGCUUGCCGAAUCAAAUGAAAAGAUAAAAAAUAUACAGGACUCUAAGGAAGAUUCUAUGAUUCAAUUGAAAAAUAAUUUGGAAAGUGAUAUUAAGGCUAAAGAAUCUGCAUUGGAUAUUAGUAUGAAACAUAAUGUCGAAUUGGAGAAUGAAAAGGAAUCACUUGAAAAACUUCUUGCAAAACAAAGUGCUGAUUUAAAUGCUAAUGAAAUAACUAUGAAUAAUUUGAAAGAACAAUUAAGAACAUUACAAGAUAAGCAAGAACAACUAAUGAAAGAUGAAGAAAAUUCUAAGAAGGAGGAAGUUAAAGUUAUGUUGAACGAGAUAGAAGAAAUGCAUAAACAACAACAAAAUCUAUUAAUUACAAAGGAUUCUCUUGAAAAAUUAAUUAAGGAACAAGAUAGUAAAAUUGAUAUGUUAACGAAUACUAUUAAAAGUAAAGAAAAGGAAGCUGAGAAAAAUACGCAAAAUCUCAUUGAAAAAUUAAAUAUUGUUACAACAGAAGCAGCACAAUUAAAAGAAGUACAAAGUCGUCUGGAAAAGGAAAAUAAACAGAUUACCUCAAAAUUAUCUGAGGCUACGAAUCAAUUGAAAUUAUCACGUGAAAAUAUAAAAAAUAAUUUUGAUGCAGCUGAAGGUGACGUGAAUCAACAAAUGGGUAAAGACAUUGAUGUUAUAAGAUUAAAGGAAGAAAAUGAAACGGUUAAAGGUCAGAUUGAUUUCCUUAAUUCUGUAAUAGUGGAUAUGCAGAGAAAAAAUGAAACGCUGUUGUGUAAAAUAGAGGUUUUAGAAAUGGGUGUACCAGCAAAUGAAGCAGACGAUUACAAUCGGAGUACAUUGGAAAAGCGAAAUAAAGCGCCUCGUAUGUUCUGUGAUAUUUGCGAUCAAUUUGAUUUACACGAGACGGAGGAUUGUCCGCGUCAGGCACAAGAUUUUUCAGAACCCGAAAAAAUCAUAAAAUCACCGAAGAAACAGUCCUUGGAAAGACCGUACUGUGAGAAUUGCGAAACCUUUGGACAUGAUACACGUGAUUGCGAUGAUACAGAAACAUAUUAACGUCGUAUUUGUUAUCUGUAGUCCUAUUUACAAUGCUUGCCAGAGAACCUAAUUAUAAUGAAAUUUGUUAAAGUUUUGCAGAGUAUAUUUUUGUAUCAGAGAAGUACAAUCGGGUCCUAAUGUGAGCAUGUCUUCCUUCGUAAGAUAAAUAUUUCUGCACAAGCCGAUGCAUUGAAAAAAAGGAAAGAAAGGAAAAAGAAAAAAAAAAAAAAAAGAAAAACAGAAAA